UCCUCAUACAUUAUAAAUAAAGUAGAGAAACAUAGAGAUAUAAAUUACUUUUUUUAUUAACAAGGUUUUGUUUGGGGAUAUAAAUGAAGAGAUGAAGAAGACACAUAAACCAAGUGCUAUAGCAUUUGCAAAAGAGAGAGAAAGAAAGAAGCAUGUACCAAUAUGGUGAGUGCUGGGAACAAGAUCAGAGUAGUUAUGAGCCCUAUUAUGAUGAGGUUCCUGCUUCUGCUUGGAACUUUGAGCUUCCAUUAACAACAGGAACAGUUGUUGAUGCAGUUGAGUCUUCUAGUAUUAGCAGUAGUAGUGCAGAUAGCUAUUCCUCUUAUGAAAGAUGCAACACUAUUCCUUCUUCAUACUCUGAUCUUGCUGCUAAUGAUGUGCUAUUCUUCCAUCAACACUAUCCACAACAACAUCAUCUUCAUAGUAAACUACUCAUUGGUGAUGAUCAUGAAUAUGAUGCUACAGAUCAUCAUGAGAAGCCUCUUCAGAUUUCCUUUCAAACAAAUCAGACAGAAAAGCAAGACUAUGUGAGUGGUUCUAGCAACUGUGGUUAUAGGAGAGGUCCAUCAUCAUCAUCGUCAUCAUCGACUAAAAGAAGAAUAAGAUGGACCAAAGAUCUCCAUGAGCCAUUCAUGACCGUUGUUAAUAGACUCGGUGGUCCGCAUAAGGCAAAGCCUAAGGCUAUAUUAGACAUGAUGAAAUCUGAUUUGUUGUCAAUUACACACAUUAAAAGUCACUUGCAGAAAUAUAGGUCUACAAUAUGGCACCACAAAGCUUCACAUGAAAGAUCAUUUGAGGAAGGAGAUAAAACAGAUGUCACUCAUCAACUUCAACACAAAAUCAGACAAAUACAAAUUGAGGAAUCACAACAACUUCAACAAGAGGUCCGCAGGAGUAUUCAUCAACAACUGGAGAUGCAACGAACUUUGCAAAUGCUGAUUGAACAGCAAAGAGAGCAGCUCAAGAUGAUGUUAGAUCAACAAAAAGAAAGAAACAAAGUGGGAAAGAAAUUAAAUAACCCUUAAGACAUUAUGCAUAAAACUAGAUGUGAGAUGGGUCAAUUGUUUUGAUAUGUUAAUCUAUUUUUCCAUCUCUAUAAUUAUGUGCCAUAUGGCCAUGCUAUAUGCUUUUUCAUGCAAUUACCAAUAUUAUUGGAUUGCAGAUAAAUGUGAAACAGAGACGGAUCCUUUUAUAGUGGUUGCUUAAUUAUGGAUACACGUUUAAUUAA